AUGUCCUGGAGUGAAGCCGUGUCUAAAGUUCAGCCUGAUAAUGAGAGCUCAAUCUGUAAAUUGGUAUCCCUUAGCAAGACUUUCAAGGGAGAAUUCCCUGCUCAACGAGAAGCACGAGAUAGAUAG